AUGUUGUCCCCGAAAGCCGCCGCCCUCUUCAACUUUGCCCUCCUGGCUUCUGCCGCCCCAGGAAAGCGCCAGUCCACCGGCACAGGAUCUUGCACCGAUCUGCACAUCUUCCUCGCCCGCGGAUGGAACGAGGGCUACCCGGGCAGACAGCAGCUCGUUAUUGACGCCACCUGCAAUGGCCUCUCCAGCUGCGACUAUGAAGAUAUCUUAUUCGAUGCGUCCAACCCCUCUGGGUACCCUGCCGCUGUUGAGGAGGGUCGUGUUUCUGGAGUCGCCCAAGUCAAGGCAUAUAGCGAGAAAUGCCCUAGCUCCAAAGUCGUUCUGAGUGGUUACAGCGAAGGUGCCAAUGUUGUUGGAGAUAUCCUCGCUGAUUCUGGGUUGGCUGCCACCGCCACUCCCGGAUCCCAGGUCUGCGCCGCCCUCCUCUUCGGCGACCCGACUCACAUCGCCAACCAAAGCUACAACGUCGAGGCCGGCUCCAGCUUCAGUGGUCAGAUGGCCCGCUCGAGCUCUUCCCUGAGCAACCUCAACAACUUCUCCGGCGUCCUGCGCUCCUGGUGCAACGGGGAGGACAUUGUCUGCGCCUACGGCGAGGGCCGAACGAUGGGCGAGGAUGCCCACACCAACUACUUCCAGCUCUACACCAACGACGCAGCCGCCUACAUCAAGGAGAAGUGCGUGCCCUCAGGAACGACCCCUCCCACGGCGACCACCACCUCCAGCCUUCCCGCACCCACCUCCACUGGAUCCUUCUGCGUCUCUGGCAAGGUCAAGACAGGUCUGUCCGAGAACUACACCGGUCUCUGCGAGUUCUCUUGCUCCAACGGAUACUGCCCUGAUGAGGUGUGCGAGUGCUCUGCGUACGGCGAGCAGACGACCAGCCCUGGCGGAGACGGUCGUGAUGGAUGCCCUGCUACUGGCUUGGACGAAAGCUACAAGGGGCUUUGCAGCUUCAGCUGCAGCCAUGGAUACUGCCCGACUGCCACGCUCGGGUGCGGGACCCGAUGCCGUGAUGUGAUGCUUUGCCGGAUUGACCGCGCUACCGGCACUUCCGACGAUUCGGCCGCUCUUCGCCAGAUUGGGCUUGCUGCAGCCAAACGAAGAGAAGUCAUGAUGACAGUUCCGAGUGCACGGGGCGCCCGGGACUCGAUCUGCAAGGACCACGGCCCGGCUGCCAAGGCAUGGGUGUUCAUUGAGUGGACCACGGGCUGA